AUGUCCGGUUUUAAGUGUUCAGACUUGUGGUUCCACACAGCUGAAAACAGGGCGUGGUUGGUGCCAUGGCUGAAAGAAAGCUGCAGUAGGGUGCUGCUGGUACCAGUUUCCAUAGAUCGGAUAAUUUCAGAGUUCCUCUGGAUUGUACCAGAGGAUUGCCAGCAGAAUACUGUGGCUGUCUGCCCUGCUGUGCCUCCGCCACUGGACACUUGUGAUCCCAACUCGUCACCUGAACUGGCCUGCUGCUGUUUGGAUUUUGUGGCAGUCCUGGAAUGCCACCAGUCGGCUGCCAACGUUGUUCUCUGA